GAUUACUCUACUUUCUGUCUAUAUAUAUCUAUAUAUCUCCCAUUUUCAUCUCAUGCUCUUGAGAUUCUUCUGCACAACCUAUUUGCGACCCCCAUUUUCUCGCCAGUUUUCUCGGCAAUUUUCUUUUGCCGGAAAGAUGAGCAGCGGCAGGGGUUCGGGAGUUACCCGAGGUUCUGGCAUUCGCCGCGGAACUGUUGGUGUUAAUAGGCCUCCACCUGAUGCUUCCAUCGGUGCCAAGGGUGGAUAUUCCAAUGUUAGAGGACAAACUUUUCAGCGGAACAUUGUCUCAGAGCAUCCCAAAUCCUUGUCUGCUUCGGAUGCUGUCAAGGAAGAGGAAUGGCCUUCACUUUCUGCUGGUAUCGGUUCUAGCUCUAAGUCUAAAAGGAGAACUAAGGUUGACUUGGGAACUGAGGUUGAGCAAAGAUUAGAAGAAAGGCCAGGGGACAUUGGUUCAUCACAACUUAAGGUUUCACCUGUACCAAAUAUUAGAAGCAAUGAGGAAAAUUCUUUGCCGGCAAGUUUAGGUAAGAAGCAUGUGCCUUUGCCUGAUAAGAUACAGUUUGGCCAAACUUGGAAUGAGCAAAGAUUAGAGGAAAGGCCAGGUGACAUUGUUUCAUCGAAACUUGAUGUUUCGUCUGUGGCAAAUCUUAGCUUCAAUGAAGAAGGUUCUUUGCUUACCAAUUUUGGGAAGAAGCAUGUGCCUUCACCUAUUAAAAGACACGAGUUUCCCCAUACUCAACCCGAGAAUUCAUUGGGUGCAAGAGAAACGGAUUCUGUGCCUGGAUCAUUCGAUAUCUGUCUUGCAAAAAUUGGAAAAUCUCCUAUAUAUUUAAAUGCGAGGAUCAAAGGAAACCGGAUUCAAAGGUCUCAACUAGUUCUUAGGCCAGGGAUGGUCUUAUUAAAAGGUUACAUCACACAGAGUGAUCAGGUUGAAAUAGUAAAGAAAUGUCGAGAGCUUGGUGUUGGCCCGGGAGGGUUUUACCAACCUGGUUAUAGAGAUGGGGCAAAGCUUCGACUACAGAUGAUGUGUCUUGGUUGGAAUUGGGAUCCAGAGACGAAAUAUGGCGAUAAGCGGGCAAUUGAUGGUUCUAUACCACCUGAAAUUCCUCAUGAAUUUAAUGAAUUGGUUAAAAGAGCAAUUCUAGAUUCCCAGGCUUUAAUUGAAAAGAAAAUAGGGUUAGGGUUAAACAAUGCAGGAGACCGACUUCCAGAUAUGUCUCCGGAUAUAUGCAUUGUGAACUUUUACACAACUAGUGGGCGACUUGGUCUACAUCAGGAUUGUGAUGAAAGUGAAGAGAGUUUACGUAAAGAAUUACCCGUUGUCUCUUUCUCUGUUGGUGAUUCAGCAGAAUUUCUGUAUGGGGAUGAAAGGGAUGUAGAAAAGGCAAAGAAAGUUCAGUUGGAUUCAGGUGAUGUAUUGGUCUUCGGUGGCAAGUCUAGGAAUGUCUUUCAUGGUGUGCAAUCCAUUAUCCCCAAUUCAGCCCCUCAAGCUUUGAGAGAGGCAAAUCUUCGGCCGGGACGCCUCAAUCUUACCUUCAGACAAUAUUGAAGAAGGUGCUGAACUUCCAAUUUGCCAAUCUUAUUUGUUUGAACUGACAAAGAUGUUGAUUAUGUGAUUUUGAUGAUGACAAUAUUUUAAUAGUACAUUGUAAUGCAGUGUGUUAGUGUUCUUGAAUAUUUGUUUGACUUGCUUAUUAAAUGUUUGGUGCUUCGAUGUACUGCUUGUAAGGAUUAAUGCUAGGCUUGCUUUCAGGUGAACACCUUGGCUUCUUUGAAUCCUUUUUUCUAGUUUUUGUAA